CCGGAGGAUCAGCUGCCCCAGAGGAUGCCAAGCCGCGACGCCCCAAGCAGAUGAUGGCGAUACGAGAGCUGAAAGUGUGUCUGCUUGGCGAUACAGGAGUUGGCAAAUCAAGUAUAGUUUGCCGAUUUGUUCAGGAUCAUUUUGACCACAAUAUUAGCCCUACCAUUGGUGCUUCGUUCAUGACUAAAACUGUGCCUUGUGGGAAUGAACUUCAUAAAUUUCUGAUCUGGGAUACAGCAGGGCAGGAGCGGUUUCAUUCCUUGGCACCAAUGUACUACCGUGGGUCAGCAGCAGCUGUUAUAGUGUAUGAUAUCACGAAACAGGAUUCAUUUCAUACAUUGAAGAAAUGGGUAAAAGAACUAAAAGAACAUGGUCCUGAAAACAUUGUAAUGGCCAUCGCUGGAAACAAAUGUGAUCUUUCCGAUAUUAGGGAGGUACCUAUAAAAGAUGCCAAAGAAUACGGAGAGUCCAUAGGUGCAAUUGUUGUUGAGACUAGUGCCAAAAAUGCAAUUAACAUUGAAGAACUCUUUCAAGGAAUCACAUUUAUGAACGCAGCUACUGCUUUUCUGAAUGAAAUCCUCUGCCAAGCUGCUAUUUCUCCCAUAGGACAUCCUGUUCACAGAUGUGUUGUGUGCAAUCAACAUGGCAGGCUUUGAACAACUGUAUUUUGCUUUUAAAAUCUUGUAGGUCGACAAAUUCCACCCUUGGAAACUCAUGAAAAUGGUAACAAUGGAACCAUCAAACUUGGAAAGCAAACUGCACAGAUGACCAGGCGAUGCUGUUAAACCAACCUGAGCUGGUUUGAUUUACUUGAAAAUAAAAUUACAUCAUUUGUUUA